GAUUGCAGUUACAGUAGCUGGUCUCUUCUACAAACAAAACAAACAAACAUACAAUGUAUACGUGCAACGACACGCGUAAUAUCGCCUCGAUUGCAACAGCUGUGGAUUUAGAAUUUAAGCCGACACGCACAAGUGCACAACAUUCGUUCGGAUUUAUCCGUAGAUCACGUGGCGUUCAUCAGUCGACAUAAACAAAAUAAAUAAUAAUUGCAUGACAAAGCGCUCGCGGGCCUCCGUCGUAUUUUCUGUUUGUUUUAACGCGACAAUCGUUUGACAACUUACAGCGACGCAAAACACGAACCGCUACGGGACGAAUGUUCGCAAAACGGCUGCAGUCGCCAAGUUGCAACCGCAGCGGUGGCGGUUUACGAUUGUUUUUUUUCACCGAGUUAUCGAAUCGAUUGUCACGCACAGCUAUCGCGUACCGUGGACAACAUUAAUAUCGUGCGCGCUAAAAAGGCCGUCGCCGGUAGAGCCGCUUUAGCGACGAUCUGGUUAGCCAGACGCGUUGUAGGUAGUGCCCCAACGUCGUCGUUCGUGGCCACGUGUGCUAAUACCAAAAUAUUGGUGCGUUUUGAAUCGUUUGAAAAAGUUGAGUAGUUACCAUAUUAUUGAAAGCGUUCAAAUCCAUAUGGUAGUUCGCUGUUGGCAACUCGUGUAUUUGGUUUAGUGUGCUAUACGAUUGAAAGUUUAAACGAUUUUUUUUUACCAACUCACGAAAGUUCAACUUUUUGAACUCAAUCUGUUCGAUAAAGCAUAAUCGGUUCACCAGUAGAGCGCAGACGGCCGAACGAUCAAUACUUUUCAAAAUAAUAUUCUCACCAUCGGCGUGUGAGGCGAAUACGACAAAGCAAUAUCGCCGUCACACGUCUGCACGUGAAGUCGGCGCGAUGAGACCGACAGCCGCCUCCGCCGCCGCGUGUUUGGCCGCCGUGGCCGUGGCCGCGUUCGCCGUGGACGCGGCUGACCUGGACCUGGUGCUGCUGCACACCAACGACAUGCACAGCCGGUUCGACGAGACGGACCUGUACUGCAACGAGUGCCGCGAAGACGACGCUUCGCUGGGCCACUGUUACGGCGGCUUCGCCCGGGUCGCCCAGUUCGUGCGUGACGAACGGCGAUUGGCCAACGAGAGUGGCUUGCCGUCGCUGUUCCUGGUGGCCGGCGACACGUUCCAGGGCACGCCGUACUACUCGCUGUUCCACUGGAAGCCCGUCGUCGACUUUAUCAACCAGCUCCGUCCGGACGUCAUGACUUUAGGGAAUCACGAGUUUGAUGACGGUGUCGAUACUCUUGUGUCUUACCUAGAUGGAAUAAAAAAUAUACCAACAGUAGUAUCAAACUUGAAUUCAACGGCAGAACCAAACUUGGAUAAAUUUCUGUUGCCAUCAAUUAUAUUUACAAUAAAUUCAACUAAAGUGGGAAUCGUUGGAUAUUUAACAACGGACACGCCGUCCAUAUCCAGCACUGGGAAAGUUGAAUUUUUCGAUGAAGUUGAGUCUUUGAAGAAGGAAACAAAAAAACUACGAGACGAUGGCGUUAACAUAAUUAUUGGUCUCGGACAUAGUGGUAUUGAAAAAGAUAAAAUAAUUGCCAGGGAAGUGGAAGACAUUGAUAUAAUUGUUGGUGGACAUUCGCAUACGUUCCUGUACUCCGACACUCCACCUAGCAUUGAAAAACCAUAUGGACCAUAUCCACUGUACGUGACAAACGUUAAAAAUAAGGCCGUGCCAAUAUUACAGGCAUACGCAAAUACCAAAUAUGUGGGAAAAGUUGUAUUAAAAUUUGAUUCUAAUGGUGACAUAGUUAAUAUCGACGGCUCGCCAACAUUAUUGAAUCAUGAAAUAAAACAAGAUCCAACAAUGUUGACUGUAGUCGAUCAAUGGAAACCACAGGUAACUAGGAUUACAAAUAUUACCAUUGGGCGUACAGCCGUAGAGUUAAUAAACACGUGUCGUGGAGAGGAAUGUAACAUAGGAAACCUGAUAGCGGAUUCCUAUGUAUACUACAACGUUAUGAAAAAAGAAGUUUACAAUGAGUACUGGACUGAUGCUCCUAUUGGGAUGGUUCAAGCAGGUGGUAUUAGGACUACAAUCAACGAAACUGAUCAUGAUGGUUACAUCACUUUGGGACAGUUGAUCAAUGUCACGCCGUUUGCUAAUAAUCUUGUCAAAAUUACAAUUUCUGGUUCUACGCUUUUAGAAUCAUUUGAACACAGCGUUUCUGACUAUGUAUUGAAUCAUGGUACAUCUAAAUUUUUACAAGUUUCUGGUGUUCUGGUCGAAUAUGAUUUAACGCAGAGUCCCGGAAAUCGAGUCACUUCACUGUUUCUUCGAUGUGGUCACUGUAGCGUUCCCAAAUACGAACCUUUAGUGUUGACUGCGAACUACACAAUAGUGAUGUCCGAUUAUUUGGCAAAUGGUGGUAAUAAUUAUCAGGCAUUUCAAAAAAGAAUAAGCAACGAAUUACUAGGUAUUGAAGAUUAUAACGCAACAUCGAUGUAUAUGCAAUCAAUAAGUCCCAUAAUGAGUGGAAUAGAUGGCAGAAUCCACUUUAAACGUGAUAUCAACAACGAAAAGUCAGCAGGAUUUAAUAUAAAUACAUGGAAUUAUCGAAUUUUAGUGACUACUAUCAUUAUUACAGUAUUAUACUUUAAUAUUUAAAUUGUCAUCUGAUAUAAAUUAUAAACAUUUAAAUAAG